AUGGAUUGUACACAGAUGAUUCUCUCCCUGCUCUUCGUGCUCUGGCCAGGAGCCCAGGAAACAGCCUUAGGUGCUGAACUGAGCGCUGCUGCGGCCGCUUCUGUCGCCGAGGUUCGUCCUUCUAGCGCCACCUGGCCGCUGCGCAGGUCUAAGCGCUGCUCCUGCUCCUCCUUGAUGGACAAGGAGUGUGUCUACUUCUGCCACCUCGAUAUCAUCUGGAUCAACACCCCGGAGCGGACUGUGCCGUAUGGGCUUGGUGCCCCUUCUCGAUCAAGGCGAUCUCUGGAAGAUACAACCCCUCGGAAGCAACCAGAAUCUAGCAAGAGAUGCCGAUGUGCCAACCAAAAAGACAAGAGGUGUCUGAAUUUCUGCCAAACAGGGAAAGAACUCUGGGCUCAGUCCACAAUGGAGAAGGGCUGGGAUCAUCUUAACAAAGCUGAAGAUUGCCUGGGACUUGGACUGAAGUGUGUGCACAGGCAACUACUUAACAGCAGGAAAAUGAGAAGACUAGAAGCCAUUGGUAACAGUAUCAAAGCUUCCUUCAGUAUCGCAAAGUUAAAGGCUGCACUGCAUGACGUGAAGAGGCUGAAGCAUAACAGAACACAUAAAAGGCAAAGCAUCUGGGAAAGUCUGAAAACAACUUCUUAG